GUUCCUUCUGCCGCUCGCGGCAGGUAUUCCUUCUCCCGCGAAUGAAAACGGUCGCGGACCCGAAUUUUUCCUCCUUAUUAACAAUAGAAAUUAUCAGAUUUUAAAUCGUCUAAAAAAAGAGAUUUUGUCGGCGUAAUGUUCCCUCAACAACAGCAGCAACAACACUUCCAACAGCAGCUGCUUCAGCUCCAGCAGCUAAUUCACCAGCAGCGGCAGCAGCACCGCCAUCCGCAUCCGCACCCGCACCCUGGAGGCCCCAGCCGAGCCAUGCAACAGCACCAGCAUCAACACCACCACCCUCAGCAGCAGCAUCAGCCGCCACAACAGCAGCAGCAACAACCGCAACAACUAAAUCUACGUCCAACCAGUCAGCCAUCACUCCUUAACCCGAAUCCCAUGCUGCAGCGUGCCCUGAUAAUGCAGCAGAUGCAAGGUAGCCUUCAUGGUUACAGCAUGACUGCCCCAGGUCUUCAGCCAUUUUUCUCACCAGGAGCCAGAGCAUCAAUUCUGGGCACCCCUCCCCUUGGCAUCCAGCUACAGACACCUCGCAUCAGGUUUGGGAACCAAAUGUUCCAGCAACAUCACCGAAGAUUUAACAAAGAUUUUAAAAGAAUGCAUGAUAUGAGAAGGGACCGAUAUCCACCACGACAGCCAUUCCGAGCAACAAUGGAUGAAAAACGUGAUACUAAUAAAAUCAACGAAGAGCCUAUAGCAAAGGAAUCAACAGGCAAUAAACUUGCCGAUGCAAAAGAUGCAGCUGGCUUAAAGACUGGAGACUCUUCACAAACUGACGAACCAGAUGUGAAAAGGAGAAGACUUGAGAGUGAAAAUGAUGAUAAUCUCAUUAAACAUUCUGAUGCUGGGGAGUCAGCACCAACCAAGAGCAAAUUGAAAGGAGAAGACAUAGAAAAAGAAACCAGUGAAUGUGAAGAUAGUGGAGCUCAGCAGAAUUUGGAGCACAGUGCAGCUAACACAGAGAUGCUGAGCACCGUGAGUACACUGAAAGUGACAAUUCAGCAGAGCAGUGAGAGUCGGGCAAUCAGUACGUCAGCACCAGACUCUGGGACCAAGGGUGAUGAGGACUCAACUGAGGAGAUGGAUUCUGUACCUACCAAAUUCAUCUGUUAUAUCUGCAAUGCUAACUGUUACAAUCAGAAGAAUUUUCAAAAACACAUGAAUGGGACUCGUCAUCAUCAGCGACUCCUGGAGAUUCAGCAAAUGAGUAAUGCUUGUCUGGCCACAAUGAUUCCCAAAUCAGAUGGAAUUGGAAGAGGCAGGGAAAGUGACAAGAAACGGCCCAGAUGGUGCAGCACCUGUCAGGCCCAUUUCAGAGGGAAUGUCAUAGAGCAUCGUCGGACACAGAGACACAAGCUUGCUAAGUACUCGCUGCGGCCUUUCUGCACUGUCUGCAGCCGACACUUCAAAACCCCCCGCAAGUUUGUGGAGCACAUGAAGUCGCCAGAGCACAAGCAGAAAGUGGAAGAGGUUAAGCAGCAGCGUAGCUCCCAGGAUAAAGACCAGGCUGGACAAGAUGAUCCAGAGGACCUUAUCACUGUUGAUGCAGUUGGUUGCUUUGAUGAAGAUGAUGAAGAAGGGAUGACUGAGGAGGAUGAUGAUAGCAUUUCUGAUUGUUUAAGUGAUAGGGAUUCUCAGGCAUUGCUGUCAGAGUUUGAGAAGGAGCCAUAUGAUGCUGAGGCUGUGUAUGGCCAGGAAUUUGUGGUCCCUGUGACCGGUUUCCUCUGCAAGCUGUGUCACAAAUUCUACCAUUCUGAGUCCACUGCCAGAUUUACCCACUGCAAGUCACUGAUGCAUUUUCAGAACCUUCAGGUUAGAUGGUUGUUCCAUGAUGUGGCCUGUGUUUCAUUCUCUCCUCAGUACCUUUUUUCUCUCUUUUCACCUUGCCUGUUUUCUUCAUUUUUUCACACUCAACCUUCAUUUAUACCUGCCUUCUCUUUACCUACUUAGCUCCCUCUUAUCACUUUUCGCUACCCAUAUCCUCCCCUCUCUGCAACUCCUUUCUUCACCACACCCCCAAAUCCCUUCCUACUCCACCACACUGUCUCUCUCUCUGCAUUUUUCUCUUCUAAUUCUGGUGUUUAGUGUUGUCUCAGACUUGCUUUAGUCCCUUCCUGUGCUGAAUCCAGUUUUAUUAUUGUAAUAACGGUAAAGACUUUUUCCAAUUUAAACUUAAAUGCCCUGCGCUUUUUUGGUCUUUCGCUGCUGUUUGAUAUAAAGUUAGUCACGUGUUUGUUGCUGGAUACUUGUACCUUGCUGCUUCAGAGUUUGCCCUGAUCAGUGUACCUCUACUCAUUAACAGGUUAACAUGACCAGGAACUUGUUUACAUUUAAUCUUUCUACAUUUUGCCCCUCAGUUAACUUGGCAAUCCUAGAAAUUGGAAUCUUCGGUUUAGAUACAAACAAACUAAAAAGUGUUGAAAUUUUGUGAACCUGUUUCCAUCAAUCUCUGUUCAGUCUGUUUAUGAACUUGAAACACCAGGGAAAGCCAUCAAAUUUGGGACCGAGAGGCUGUGGGAGCAGAGUGCGAUAUGUUUUUGAAAACAUUGCAUCAAAGGAGUUUUAUUGAAUUUGAGUUUGAGGUACAUUAUUUGGGCAAACGAGAUUAGCUCUGCUUUGCAUCUGUCCUUAUGCAAGAUACUUGGAUAUCUUUUAAAGCUGUCAGUAAUUGUGAAGAAAUUCCCCUCAGUGAAAAAUGGUAGUGAUUAAAUACUUGUACCUUUUGAAGGAAAAUUAGAGCAAGUCUGUGACCCAUUAUGCAUUCCCCUUUCAUUGAACUGUUUAUGUUGAUGUUGGUUCACAUUGUGGGUUUUGUCAUUUCUUCUGUGUUUGAGGUAUUUGUGCUGUAUUGCAGCUUAAUAGUCAUCUGUCCCACGUUGCUUCACUUUUCAUUUCAAUGCUCAUGUCUAGUUUGUAGUCUGUACUUCCAAGUCUGUCGUGUUGAAACGCAUCGCCAUUUUCCCAUUUUCUUUAUCUGCUAAUCCUUGUGAUUUCAUAUCUCUCCUUUCAACUCAACAUUACAGCAUUAUCUCUCUUGACAUGUUAAUUGUUCUGCAGAAAGCGAUUAAGGAAAAAUGUUAUGUUGUCCAUUUUACGUUUCAAUUAAGGGCUGAUUUGCUGCUUCUACCCCCGAACGUACUGGCCUAAUCACAAAACUAGGAAAGAGUUCCACAAAAUACAAGUGGAGCAGAUUUGGGAUUUAAAUACAGUCAAAUUUUUGUUUGUGUCCGUGUCUGGAAGUGUACAGUGCACCCAUGUCUUUUAAACUAAGCAUUGGUAUGUGACUUGUACUGACUGAUGUGUUUGAUCCAUCCCUAGUUUUUUGCAGGGCAAACAAAUAUGGCUUAUCCAGAGAAUUUGUCAUCCAGAUUUGAGUAGGGGGUUUAUUACCAGCCUCAAAUCUUCAUCUUUUACUUUUUCCAGUCCAUUUCAAAAAAAGUAAAGCCAAGGGUACUGGGCUUUGGUUGUGCAGAUUGCCAUAUGCUUUAAACUUUCAUACGUUGAGGUCAAUGGAAGCAGUGUUUUUAAUUUUUCAACUUAUUAUUGGGUUGCUAUCAUAGAUUUCGAUCUGAAUUUUUAAGCCUAACUGGAGGGAAAGGGUUGUUGACCUUUCCAAUCUCUGAAUCUUACUUGAUCACAGAUACUCAAGUGGCAUUACUGGGACUUCAGAUGAUCUUUGGACAGUACUACACUCCAGUCUGUACUUCAAUGGUGUCUAGUUGCUGAUUCUGUACUGUGUUUACCUGUGGUCACAAGUGGUACCUCUUUUCACAAUUGAGUAAUUGAGACAGGUGGCAGGUUAGAAGUAGCCUUCUUUUAGAUUUAGAUAAAAGAAAAAUAUUGUGGAUGUUGAAGAUCUGAAAUCCAAACAGAAAAUACUGGAAAUACUCAACAAGUCAGGUGGCAUCCGUUGAGAAAACGUCCAGGUCAAGGCUUUAGGUCUACACUUCAAGUCAAUGAUCUUUCAUCAGACGUUUCUAUCUCCACGGGUAUUGCCAGGCUUGUAGAGUAUUUUUAGCAUUUUGUGUUUUUAUUUUGUAUUUCCAGCAACUGCAGUAUUUUGUUUUGUAUGAAGACAAGUUGCAUUGCAGCAUGUUUCAUUGUGGGCCUGUUCCUGUAUGAAUAGUUUAUGCUUCAUAUUUGGCACAAACUCCCAGAAGAUCUAAAAUGCAUUUUAUGGCUUUACCCACUUCCAGCGUUUUGUGUGAGAUUCCAGAAGUGGCGACAGCAACAGCAGAAGACCUUAAACAACCCACUCUUCUUGAUUCCCAGUUAUACAGUCAUAGAGCUGUACAGCAUGGAAACAGACCCUUCGGUCUAACUCAUCCAUGCCAACCAGAUAUCCUAAA